AUGCACCUCACCUCCCUGCUCUUCGUCGCCGCGGCCGCACUGCCAAGCACACUCGCACAAGCCGACGGAAACCUACGCUCAUGCCUCGAGAAAGCCGUUGGCGGCGAAAAGAGCCGUGUGGCAUGGAAGACCAAGUUCCUCUUCGACCUUCUCGAUGUCCAUCGGUAUAAUCUCUACUACGACACCGACCCGGCUGCUAUUGUGUAUCCCCAUGACGCAAAGGAGGUUGGAGCUGUGGUCGUUUGUGCGGCGAAGGCAAAGGUGCCGGUGCAGGCGCGAUCUGGUGGGCAUUCGUUUGGGAACUAUGGUCUUGGCGGUGACGGUGGCGCGGUUGUAGUCGACACCAAGCAUCUAAGCCAACUGACCUACGACGAAAAGGAUCAGACCGCGCAUAUCGGCCCUGGCAAUGGUCUCGGCGACGUAAAUGCGUUUUUGCUCGAAUAUGACCGCCUGGCCUCCCAUGGUGACGCACCCCAGGUCGGCGUCGGCGGCCACUACACCAUUGGCGGACUCGGCCGGGUAUCCCGUCAAUACGGCGCCGCCUGCGAUAACAUCCUCUCCGCUGAGGUUGUCCUCGCCGACGGAUCAAUCAUCACCGCUUCUCCCACGCAGAACACCGAUAUGUUCUUCGCCAUCCGCGGUGCAGGUGCCAGCUUCGGCAUCGUGACUGACUUUCACAUCCGCACGCAUCCCGCGCCCGGCUCCGCCAUCGCGUUCACCUACAACGUCACUCUGGGCAACGCCGAGGCCCAAGCCGACGCCUUCAAAGCCUGGCAAGCACUCGUCUCUAACCCGAAACUGCCCCGCGAGCUGUCGACGCAAUUCAUCGCGCUACCCUUGGGCAUCAGCGUCAUCACGGGCUUCUACUACGGCUCCGAGAAGGACUUUUCGGCAUUGAAGCUGGACACGCAACUCUUCGGCAUCGACGACGCUGAGAUUUCUGUGCGAGUAGUGGAUAAAGCCGUCGCGGUAGCGCACGACUUUUCGGAGCUGGGACUGAAGUUAUUUGGAGACGUGCCUGCGCAUUUCUACAGCAAGUCACUGUCCUUCAACAAGGAUACACUGAUGUCUGAUGAUGCGAUCGACGCAAUGUUCAAGUACCUCGGCGACAUCAACCUUUCGACGCUAACGACGCCGUGGUUCGUCAUAUUCGAUCUCGAGGGCGGUGCAAUCAACGAUGUUGCCCAGAACUCGAGCGCAUAUGCGUUUCGAGAUGCGAUUUUCUUCUUGCAGAGCUAUGCGGUCGACUUGCUGGGCCUGUUCCCGGACCAAACGCGCAAGUUUCUGGAUGGACUGAAUGAGGUUGUGCUGGAGCAUGCUGGGGAUAAGGACAAGAAGUUUGGGAGUUAUCCCGGAUAUGUCGAUCCGUAUCUGGGAGACAAUGCGCGGGAGCUGUACUGGCGGGGCAACUAUGAGCGGUUGAGGGAGAUCAAGAAGGUGAGGGACCCGGACCAGGUUUUCAGGAAUCCGCAGAGUGUCGAGCCGGCGAAUUGA